GAUUCUUUGCCUCUACUCUCAUGUCCUAUUCACCCCUCGCUGUGCCAGAUUCUCCUGCUGUGCCCUUUACCGACUAUUCUCGAUGGCGCUUUAUUUCUGGUGAAGGCGGUCGUCACACUUGGCGGUAUCUCAAGACCGAUGAAGAAUGCGCGGGCUGGCCUCAGACUGCUUUGGAUAAACAUUGGCUGGGUCUGCCAACCGGCCUUCCUGCACUACCCCGAGCCAAAGAUCCCUUAGAGGCCGCGCAAAACGGCUACACAUUCUAUAAGAACCUUCAAUGUCACGAUGGACACUGGCCAGGCGAAUACGGCGGUCCUAUGUUCCUGUUGCCCGGGCUAGUAAUUGGCUCUUAUGUCUCCGGCAUGGGCUUCAGGACAGAAGAGAGACUGGAAAUGAUUCGGUACUUAAUGAACCGCGCCAACCCUGUAGAUGGCGGAUGGGGAAUACACGUAGAAGGCGAAUCGACCAUGUUCGGCACCGCGUUGAACUAUGUCGCGUUACGUAUCCUUGGCGUUGAUGCAGACCAUCCCGUUUGCCGGAAGGGCAGAGCAACUAUACACGCCAUGGGUUCUGCAUUAGCGUCCCCUGCCUGGGGCAAAUUCUGGCUCUCCGUGCUAAACGUUUAUGAAUGGGAGGGCAACAAUCCUAUUCCUCCGGAACUGUGGCUACUUCCGGAGGCACUCCCCUUUCACCCACAUCGAUGGUGGAUACACACCCGAACGGUAUACGUUCCCAUGAGUUAUCUUUACGGUGUCAGAUUUAAAGCACCAGAAGAUAAGCUUAUUUUGUCCCUUCGCGAAGAACUAUACACGCAAGACUACUACUCUAUAGAUUGGCCAGCGCAACGGAACAAUGUCUGCAAGGUCGACUUGUAUUCGCCGCAUGCCGCUGUAUUCGAUAUGAUCAACGUCGUGCUUGGGGCCUAUGAGCUCUGUACACUACCGCCUCUUAGGCAUAAAGCUGUGGACCGUGCAUACCAGCUUAUCAUCCUCGAGGACGAAAAUACUGGAUAUCAAACGCUGGGGCCCGUUUCCAAAAUGAUGAAUCUCGUUGCUCGAGUUCACCGUGAGGGCAACCAGAGUGAUGCAUACAAACUACACAAAGAAAAACGAGAAGAUUUCAUGUGGAUCGGAAAAGACGGAAUGAUGAUGACAGGAACUAACGGGAGCCAACUGUGGGAUAUUGGGUUUAUCACCCAAGCUGUGGUGGAAUCAGGUUUGGCGCACCGAGAAGAAAACAAAGAGAGUCUCAUCAGAGCUCUGGGAUGGCUGGAGCAGGCUCAAAUGACUGCGAAUCCGAUGCAUUUCGAAACUUCCUACCGGCAUAUGACCAAAGGUGCAUGGGGUUUCAGCACUAAAGAGCAAGGUUAUACCGUUUCAGACUGCACUGGAGAAGGCCUCAAAGCAGUAUUAUACUGCCAAGAUCUCGAGUUUACACCCAAUUUGGUAUCAGAGCGGCGCCUGUGCGAUGCCGUAGAUGUACUACUUUCAAUGCAGAAUGCCGACGGAGGGUAUGCGAGCUAUGAACGUGUUCGGGGUCCAAGAUGGCUGGAAUUGCUCAACCCGGCUGAGGUUUUCGGCGAUAUUAUGAUUGAUUACACAUACCCCGAAUGUACGACCUCCGUCAUCACAGCGUUGUCCAUCUUCCGGAAACGUUAUCCUGUUUACCGCAGGAAAGAUAUCGAACAAACCAUCCAGAAAGCAAUUGUCUUCCUUCACAACAUACAGAAACCUGAAGGCGCCUGGCUAGGAUCGUGGGGUAUCUGUUUCACCUAUGCUACCCAGUUUGCGCUGGAGAGUCUAUCGUUGGUCGGUGAAACAUAUGAAACCAGUCUAUCCUCUAGACGUGCUUGCGAUUUCUUGAUUAGCAAACAAAGAACUGAUGGCGGCUGGGGAGAAAGUUAUAAGACCUGCGAGCAGAAAUGUUGGAUCGAACAUGCUGAAACCCAAGUUGUCCAAACUUGCUGGGCUACCAUGGCUCUCAUGUAUGCGGAAUAUCCUUAUCCCGAACCCAUUGAGAAGGCCGUUCAACUGGUAAUGUCAAGACAGCUACCUGACGGUUCAUGGGCACAAGAGGCAAUUGAAGGUGUCUUCAACAAAACAUGUGCAAUCGCAUACCCGAACUUCAAGUUCUCUUUUCCUAUCUGGAUGCUAGGAAAGGCACAUUCCUACCUUGCAGGCUUGAAGGCUAAAAAGGAGAAUGGACGGGCCAACGGAGUGAAUGGAUCCCAUUAAAAACUUACCUUAUUCUCGUAUCUUAUCGUUCUUUAUCCUCGAACUUUGAGUCUUUAGUGCCUUGCUGUCAUGGUAGUUGGAAAUUUGGUGAUACACGCGACAACUUUACGAAGCGAUUGUUUAAGUCAUGCACCGUUCUCAUGUGAAUGUGAAUGUUAAGAAUCAGAUACUGUUCCCGACGUCGCCGAUAUUGAAUAUUGCUUCAAGGCUUCCAGGCCCAUCCACGAUCAUCGAAAGUGUUUAGAGAGGGCUGUCAAUUUGCCGGCAUUAUUUUUCGGGGAG